AUGGCCGUCUCCUUCGUUCUUACUGGUAUACUUCUUCAAAACGACUUUAGUCUCUCAACUGCCACAACUUUUGAACAUGUUUGGUGUGGUAUCUGUGGAUUUCUAUAUUCUCUGUCUUCAAUUUCAAAUUUUGGUGUAGCAUUAGCUCUAUCAACAGAGCUUUUUGUUUCAUUAGGCCUCUCAAAUCCUAUCACAAAUCGAAAUGAU